AGUGUAUGUGACAGUGCAGUGACAGUGACAGAGCGUAGGAGAGAGAGUACACUCCUUACAGUGUGUCAGGGAUGUACCAACGCAAAUACCACUGCAAAUACUUCCCGUUUCGAUUAUAUAUAGCUAACGAUCUACUGAAAGGUCUGAGAUCUGAGAAGUGGAUUCACAGAGACCCUGACCUUCAGAGAAUAACCGUAGUCAAAAUUAUGAUGCCAAUAAUUGCAUUGUUAAUUCUGGUCCUGACGAAUCAACUUGAAGGAUCUGAUGAUUUUUGUGCUGAGCAGAUUCGAGUACCACGGGACACCAUAACAUCAGCUGUGGAGAACUCACCAGUGACACUUCACUGUCCAGUGAAACACUGUGGAUGGAGACCAGCAAUUACAUGGUGUAAACUCUGGAAUGUUGCACACUGCAUUCCUGUAAAUGCAGCAGACAACAUUAAAAUACAAUGGAAAUACAGUGAAACUGAACCAAGUACCGGCACCUCAGACCUGAUUUUCACACGUGUGUCCAUGGGAGAUGCUGGUCAGUACAGGUGUUGGAUUUAUGGAAAUGUGACCACUGUCAGUCAUUACAUUAAAGUCUCUGUCACAGGAUCUGAUGAUGUUUGUCCUGUAGAGAUUCGAGUACCACGGAACACCGUAACAUCAGCAGUGGAAAACUCACCAGUGACACUUCACUGUCCAGUGAAACACUGUGAACCGAGACCAGCAGUUACAUGGUGUAAACUCUGGAAUCCUACACACUGCAUUACUGUAAAUGCAACAGACAACAUUAAAAUACAAUGGAAUUACAAUGAAACUGAGCCAAAUACCGGCACCUCAGAACUGAUUUUCACACGUGUGUCCAUGGGAGAUGCUGGUCUGUACAGGUGUGGGGUUUAUGGAACUGUGACCAUUGUCAGUCAUCACAUGAAUGUCUCUGUCACAGAAAAUGUUAACCAGUGUGCUGUGGAGAUUCCGAAACAAUGGGACACUGUGAUAUUGGCUGUGGACAAGUCCUCAGUGACACUGAACUGUCCAGUAAGGCACUGUGGAGGGACACCAACACUUACGUGGUGUAAAAGCAAAACCACGCCAUACUGCAUGACUGUCAAGGAGACGGACAACAUCAAAAUAGAAUGGAAAAGAGACAUUACAGAUCCAGACAUCAGCACCUCACGGCUGGUUUUCAAAGAAAUAUCCAAGGAAGAUGCUGGUCUGUACAGGUGUGAUGUUUUUGGAAGUGCGCCCCCUGUCAGCCAUCACAUUAACAUCACUGUCACAGUGCUGCCUGCAUACGGCCCACGGAGUGAACUUGUUGCUGUGCUGGACUCACAACUUCAUACUCCAACCACACUGAAGCAGAAUCAACUUCAUUCAUCAGGUGAAAAAUGUAAAUAUACGUUUGUGUCUGAAGACUGCUGGUGGAGCCGGGCGGCCGACGCCCCGCUGACCAUGUCCUGUCGAGCUGCGCUUGAGAAGCCGGCCACAGUGACGUGGUGCAAACAGGAAGGUGGCCUCUGUACCCCCCUGGAGGACAAAGACAAGUACAGCCUCAUCUGGCUGCAGCCCAGCCCGGCCUGGGGGGUCUCGUACCUCACCGUGUACAACAUCGGCGCGGCGGAUUCAGGAGAGUAUCACUGCCACGCGUCACCGGCCGGUGCCUGUGUCACGGGAGACGUUCUCAGCCGUCCGAUUCGGCUGCUGGUGUCAGGGGAUGUGGUAAGAGAAUGUGGACGGGAUGUAACAGGUCCCCUUGCAGUGGGGAUCCUGAACAUUGUACAGACGAUACAGAUCACAGUCCUUCUGGGAUCUUUCGUUGCUUUUAAUGUUUACUGGAGACUGAAGGUGUCAGCGUACCCCGAAGGGAGGAGCUCCCCAGUCGCGCUGACAAAGGAUGACACCUCCGGGGGGGGUCCCAUGCAGGCUGAGACAGAGAACGACACUGAACUGGACUAUGAUGACUGUGCGACUGUGUGAUACAUACACGCGGUCAUCGGAGCAGCACUGGCCUGGGAUCAGCGUUUAAAUGUCAACUUGCUACGAUUAAUUAAGAUUUGGUUCCUCCUUGCU